AUGAUCCUCGAUUUGAAGGAGGACAACGCUUGGGACAAGCAAUACCAAGGGGCAAUCCCGGGGCCACUUGAGAACCGCAAGAGUCAAAAGCCGGCCACGCUUUCUGAGUCCAAGUGGGGCUUCGCCCUAGGCAGUGCACUUUGCGCGAUUGGCAUGUCCACGUUCUUCGCGCGCGACGCCAGCACCUGGGAAAGUCAGAAGGCCGACAGGUUGUAG